AUGAUCCAAAGGAUUCUCAAGGUGAAAGAUUCUGUACUUGCAACUUUGGCUGUAACAAAUAAUGAACUGAACAACAUUACCAGCCAAGAAUGGCAAUUGCUUUCUCAGUGCUGCAACGUUCUAUCCAUUUUCAAUGAUGUCACCGAAGAAGUGAGUGCUGAAAAAAUAGUAACCAUUUCAAAGGUAGUUUUAUAUUAUGGAUUUUUGGAUGAACAUUUAACAUCAAACAUUUAUAAAAACGAUACAUUGCACGAAGUUGAAAAAAUGGCAACCGAGAUACAAAAUGUUCUACGUGCUUACUUUGGAAAUCUUGAAGAUAAAGAUGUUGUAGCCCAAUCCAUUAUUCUUGAUCCUCGCUUCAAAAAACAAGGGUUUUCUUCGGACAGCAAAUUUUUAGUGGCCAAAACUGUGCUUAGUAGGAAACUUCAAAGCAUUCGAAUUGGAACUGAAAACACUGCAGCUGGCCCAAGUACUGCAAAUCCACAAACGGCACAAACAGCAACAACUUCAUUAUUAUGGAAAACAUUUGAUAAUAAAGUAAAUUCAUUGAUUGGUCAAAAUAAUCCAACUGUUGCAGGAAUAGUAGAAUUGGAUAAAUAUUUAGCUGAGACGCUAAUACCACGCAGCAUGGACCCAUUGCAGUGGUGGUCAGAGCGUAAACACAUUUAUCCACGAUUAUUUGAAGUUGUAAAGAGGAGAUUAUGUAUACCAGCAACAUCUGUACCGAGUGAGAGAGUCUUUUCUAAAGCAGGUCAGGUGUUAACUGACUUUAGAAGUCGUUUGACAACUGACAAGGUUGAAAAAAUUGUAUUUGUUCAAUGUAAUCUAAAGUAA